UUGUUGUGUUAUCGUCUUGGAGGGUACAUUAGUGUCGCAACAGAGCUAACAGAAUUCCCUGCACAUCAAAAUAAUGAUAUAAACAAUAGAAUGUUAUAUUGUACAGUAGUGCCAUGUUGAUAAAGUUCAGAACCAAUUUUUGGGUGUGACAUCAUCACAAAUUUGAGAUGUAAGAGGAAUCGCAAGGAAACAAACGAUUUCUAGGAAUCGAAUAACUGGGAAGUGCUUCUUAAAAACAAGCGGUUUUCCAUUUCAUAGAUCUAAAUGAUUGACAUGUCUCCUGGGCAAUGAUGCUUCUAGCAGUAACUGAAAAGUCAGCCAUUGGGAGAAUCGAUAUAAUCGCUUUUUAGAGUUAGGUUUUCUUUAUUUUGGUUGUAUCUAGACUUAAGUGAAUGCCUUUUUAGUUUUUUCUUUUUGCAACAAAUGUGGAAGAAAGCCAUACUAACAUUACUAACCAGUACUCCACCUUACUAAAUGAAAUACUGGGUACAUUUGUCUAUUAACAGGCACUCCUGGUUUCAUUUUGAUCGGCAGGCAACUGUAUGGGCUGUGCUGCAUUGCUGCCAAAUUGUCGAUAUUGUUGUUGUUGAUAUUGCAGCCACCCUGCAAAUCAUGUUUAUCCACUAUUAUUUAUUUUAUCUGCUUCAGCGCAAUAACAGUAGAACCCAAACUCAUGCGCUGUGUACAAAUGCAAUAGAUGCAAAAAGCACAGUCACAUGUCUUGAUCUACUGAGUGAAAAGUGAUUACACGUGACAGCGUGGGGACCACAUCCUCCUCCGAUAUCCUGGCUGGGAUUGAUAGCCACUUGUAAAUAGAUCAGGGCGAUGAAAUUGUACAAAAUGUGUGUGGGCGCAUGGAAGUCCAAAUCCAAUUCAACCAAAGUAGCUUACAUCACAGGUCAUGCAGAGCAGCUUGCGAACGAGACAUGCAGUGUGGCUCGGGUUUGUGCUGUGCCGUCAGUCUCUGGCUGAGGGGUUUGAGGAUGUGCGUCCCGAGGGGCACAGAAGGGGACCAGUGCCACCCGCUGAGCCACAAGGUUCCCUACCCUGGCAAAAGGCAGCACCACACGUGCCCCUGCCUCCCCCACUUGGUGUGCACCCGCUACGCUGGAAGCAAAUACAGAUGCACCGACGACUACAAAAACAUUGACUUUCAAUAAAGGGCCAGACGGCUCACGUUCAAGACUUGUGGAGAUGACAAACACAUCGUAGUGGCUCGGUAGCCGAAGUAUGGCCCGCCUGCCUGUCCAUUUUCAAACUCAAGUGUUAUGUCAGUUGCACAAGAAAUGCGCUUUGUCUUGAUCGUCGUCAUGUACACGCCACAGGGAGGCGUGGGGAUCGUACUGAAACGAGCUACGUGAGAGACGCCAAGCACUUUCAAGCUUUUUGUGAACCAUUCAUGUAUUUGUUAUACUGUACUGUAUGUUGUUAAUUUAUCACGAGGCUUUACAAUAAAAGGUAUAAUGACA